UUUUUUUUUUUUUUUUUCUGUGAGAACUGUUCAAACCGUUGGCCGCCUCUCAAUCAUUCCCCUUUGUCGGUUCAUCCUCACUUUAUACCACCACAUCUACUCAUAUAGACACCAUUCAUAAUGUCGAAGCGAAUUCAGGAUAACGACGAGGACAUGCGCGAGGCAAAGUCCGCCUUCAACGUCGGAAACCGCCACACGGUCGAGGACGAGGGCAUGGGUGAAUUCGAAGAUCCCUGGGAGGACGAGGUCGAGAGCGACCAGGAGGUGAUUAUCGAGAACGACGACGACGAUGAAGAUGGCAUGGAUUUGGACCAAGCCAAUGAGAUGGAUCAGGACAAGGAAGAGGAUGGCAAGGAUAUCCGUGUGUACUUGCCCGGUCAGGCCCUGGAGAAGGAUGAGGUUCUGGAGGCCGAUCAGUCUGCUUACGAGAUGUUGCACAGCAUGAACGUCAAGUGGCCCUGCCUCAGUUUCGAUAUCCUUUGGGAUCAAUUGGGCGAUGAGCGCUGCACAUUCCCUGCCACGGCCUAUGUUGUCACUGGAACCCAGGCUGACCUGGCUCAAAACAAUGAGGUCCUGGUCAUGAAGAUGAGUCAGCUGGCAAAGACCAAAAACGACGAUGGAAAUCUGAGCGACGACGACAGUGAUGAUGAGGAAGUGGACGAAGACCCCAUUUUGGAGUACAAGAGCAUGAAGCACCAAGGAGGCGUCAACCGUAUCAGAGCUAUGCCUCAGCGCGAUCAGCAGAUUGCUGCCACAUGGGCUGAUACCGGUAAGGUCCACAUCUGGGACUUGGCGCCUCAUAUCCGCGCUCUGGACCAGCCUGGAUCGGUGAUUCCUGAAUCUGCCAAGAAGCCCAUCUACACGGUUGAGUCGCACGGACGGACCGAAGGUUUUGCAAUGGACUGGUCCGAGACUGUUCCUGGACGCUUGUUGACUGGAGACUUGAACGGCAAGAUUUACAUGACGACGCUGAACUGCUCAACAGGCGCAGUCACACCUGACCGCGUACCAUUUGUGGGUCACCAGAGCUCGAUCGAGGAUUUGCAGUGGUCGCCCUCGGAGAAGGGAGUGUUUGCUUCGUGCUCAGCAGAUCAGACGGUCAGGAUCUGGGAUAUUCGUUCCAAGAAGCGUGCAGGUCUGGUGGCUAAGGUCCAUACGUCGGACGUCAAUGUCAUCAGCUGGAACAAGAAAUUGCCAUACAUGUUGGCUUCUGGAUCAGAUGAUGGCGUGUUCAGUGUGUGGGAUCUCCGUCAGCUCAAUGAGAAUGCCACCAAACCCACACCCAUUGCAACGUUCAAGUGGCACCAGGCACCUAUCACAUCGAUCGAAUGGCACCCCACAGACGAGUCCGUGCUGGCGGUCGCUGGUGCGGACGAUCAGAUCACGCUCUGGGAUUUCUCUGUAGAGCACGACGCAGAGGAGACGUUGAACGGAACAAGUCAAAAGGCGAUUGUGAACGAGGCUGGCGUUGAGGUCCCCCCACAACUGAUGUUUGUGCACCAGGGUCAACAGGAUGUCAAAGAGUUGCACUGGCAUCGUCAGAUCCCUGGAUGUGUCAUUUCAACAGCAGAAUCAGGGUUUAACAUCUUCAAGACCAUCUCUAUCUAAUUUCCUCCACGACUGUUGCUUUUUUUUUUUUUUUUUU